AUGGCGUCUCUAGCAGCGUGGAGUUUAUUUGCGUUGAAUAUAUUUUUACUUUUUCUCCAAAUUAUGGGAGGAAGAGACUUUUACAACAUUUUGGGACUUCGAAAAUCAGCAACAAAAAAUGAAAUAAAAAAGGCUUACAGGAAGUUAGCAAAAGAAAUGCAUCCUGAUAAAAAUCAAGGUGAUCCAGAGGCUAACGAGAGAUUUCAGAAUUUAGGUGCUGCAUAUGAAGUGUUAUCAGAUGAUGAAAAGAGGAAGAUUUAUGACAAACAUGGAGAAGAAGGUCUAAAGAAAGGCGACGUAUCAGGAGACCCAUUUGAAAGUUUUUUUGGAGGCUUCAGUCCUUUUUUUGGAAAUUCAAGAUCACAGGACCGGGAAGUUCCAAGAGGUGGUGAUGUUAUUAUGGACCUGGAAGUUUCACUGGAAGAACUAUAUACAGGAAACUUUGUAGAGGUGAUCCGAUACAAGCCAGUGGCUAAACCAGCUAAAGGUACAAGGAAGUGCAACUGUCGCAUGGAGAUGGUUACUCAACAGCUUGGACCAGGCCGCUUCCAAAUGACCCAACAACAAGUCUGUGAUGACUGUCCCAAUGUCAAGAUGGUACCAGAAGAAAGAGUUUUGGAGAUAGAGAUUGAGCAGGGCAUGAGGGAUGAACAAGAAUAUCCAUUUGUAGCUGAAGGAGAACCACACAUUGAUGGAGAACCAGGAGACCUGAGAUUCAAGAUCAAACAGGCGAAACAUCGACGAUUUGAGAGAAAAGGAGAUGACCUCUUUACUAAUGUUACCAUCACUCUGGCUGAUGCACUCACCGGUUUUGAGAUGGAUAUUCCUCAUUUAGAUGGCCAUUUGGUCCACAUAGUUCGUGAUAAAAUCACCUGGCCUGGAGCUAGGAUGAGGAAGUCGGGAGAAGGGAUGCCAAAUUAUGAAAAUAAUAAUGUGAAAGGAGCCCUAAUCAUUACCUUUGAUGUAGAAUUCCCCAAAGGUACACUUACUCAGGAGGACCAGGAACAAAUAAAAGAUAUUUUGAAACAAGAAUCAAAGAAAGUUGUUUAUAAUGGACUUCAAGCAAAUUUAUUUGCUUAACAGAUGUGUUUUAGAGUUUUAAUUUCAAUAUCUCCAAACAUUUUGCUUUUGUUUAAAAAAUGUAAUUGUCAUAUAUAUUUGAAGUUAUGUGAUGUAUGAGAGGAAAACCAGCAUUUGUAGUGGUGGUAUCUAAUGAAUUUAUCUCCCAAAAUAAAGAGUUCCACAAUGAAAUUCUGAUUAAACCUUUUCUAGAUGAUAAAUUCAUUAUUUCAUUGAUGGGAACUGUGAAUAUUUUGAAGGAGUUUAGCAAUGAGGAAACUUGGGUAGUUCCAAGUUUUUAUGUAAGGGAGAUGACUCUUACAAGUAAUACAGUAAAUAUCCUUAAAUGAUUUAUUUAAUUGCAUUUUUUUCGAAAGUAAUUUUUGAUAUUUUUGUGAUACAGUUGUCAUUGAUUUCAUCAAAAAUAUGUUAGUUGUUCAUUAGAACUGAUGUUGUAUUCCAUAAAAUUUUGUAAUAUAAAACAUUCACUCUGGGAUCUGAUCAUACAUAAGGAUAUAGUAGUCACUUUUUACAGUUAUUUUUUCAUACCAUGUAGUGUAAAGAAGUACAUGUAUUUGGGUUUUUUUAUUUCACUAUUUUAAUGUGCUCUAUCCCUACAACUAUAAAUAACCUAUACAGAUUAUAGAGCUGUAGUGAUAACUUCCUGUGUGCAUUCAUUCUGUGUAGAGUGACAAGUCUGUAUUUCCAUUUACUAGAAGUUAUACACAUGAAAAAUUCAAACUGAUUUUGAUAAGAUACUCAAACAUACUAAUCACAUGCAUCUUUCCUUGGUUUAUGAAAUAAAUUCUAAAAUAUAUCAAAGUGCUGAUAUGUGAGUGUGUUUGUAUGUGUAUGUGAAAAAGCUGGUAUCUUUUUCAUCUGUUUAAUGAUAUUUAUACAUGUUUGAUAAAGAGGCAUGAAGGACAGAGUCCAGGGGAAUAAAACAAUUUUAAGUGAAAAGUUAAGAGUUUAAUAAAUAUAGAAUACAGAAGGAUUUUCACAUU